AUGAAAACACUCUUCUACAUUUUAAAUCUUAUUAACAUGUUUAUUCUAAUGAUAUCCUCGAGUAGUGUUAAACUAAUUGAUACGUGUUUAAUUAAAAAACCUUCUGGCUUUGGGUUGACGUUGAGUGGAGUUAUAACAUUUAUUCCAAAUGGUAUAUUAGAUGUCAACGUUAUAUCUAAUUUAUCGGAAAAGCAAGAAGGGUUCUAUCAACGUUUAUUACAGAUACGAAGUGUGAGUGAUGAUGUAAUGACAUAUGAUAAUAAUUUAGUCCAAUCACGUGGAAAGAAUAAUUCGAUACGACCUGGUGAUAUAUUACUUGCUGCCGGUGGAUGUCGUUUAGCCGGUUGCACUCCUGAAUAUGCUGUACAGUUGUUAGCCAAGGUUCCAGUAGGCAGCGCUGUUCAAGUUACUUUACUCCGAGGACUAGGAAUUCCUGGAAUUUAUUCUGUAAACGAAGAUCGUAACUAUGCAAAACAUUUUUAUGAACCGAGAUCAUUCAGUUUGUGUUCUUCAAUGAGCAGUUCCUCAGAAUUGUCGCCAAAAAAGAUAACUUCAGAUUCUGAAUCUCACAAUGGAUCGAAAUUUGCGAAAUCCUACACGGAACACUUUUGUUCAAAUUGUUGCAAUUCUCUACGAACUGUAAAUUUGAUUAAAAAAGAAAAUGAUUAUGGAUUCACUUAUUUUUAUACGAAUUAUGGAUGUUUGGUUAAUCAAGUAACCAGAAAUAACAUCAAUCAGUUAAAUAAAACGAAAUUACAACCAGGUGAUUUGAUAGUGAAAAUUGGCAAUUUUGAUGUAGUUAAAUUGACCAAAACUCAAUUUUCACAAUUAUUAAAUGUAUACUUAAAAUCUAAAUCGAUACAGUUUACUGUAAUUCACGUUUGCUCAAGUUGUUUAAAACAAGUAAAUCAAGUAAAUAUUCAUUUGAAUUCUAAUAAAUCUACAAAUAAUUAUUUGAAUUUAAACAAAACCACUAUCAUACCAACUAAAGAAACAGUAACAGAAACAAAUAAAGAUGAAAUGAUCUCUUUCCUACGAACGGUAUUAAAUAAAAAUUGUCAUGGAAAAAAAUCCACAAAUCAUAAUCUACAAACAAAUGAUAAAAACACUUCUUUGAAUACUUCUGAAUUGAAUAAUGUAAAUAAUUUAUUAAUGAAGAAGACACCUGAAUCAUGGUUACCUGAAAAAUGUUUUACUCCAGGUAUAGAUAAAAGUGGUCCUUGUGAAACUCCAGAUUAUAUAUCUAUAUCACAAUUAGCAAAUACAUUGAAAACAAAUAAUCAUCAAAUCAAUCAUUCUUCUUAUUUAUAUCAUAUGCCAAAAUCUGAUGUAUUCAAACAAAAUCAAAUCAACGAACAACAACAAUCAUUUACAAACUAUAAACAUUAUGAUGAUUCUUUAUUAGAUCGAAUCACUUCACCUUGUUUAUCACCAUCAAUACAAAUGAAAAAUUCUCAUAAUCCAAUGUUGAAUAUUCCUGAAAUGAAUACUAGUAAUACAAAUUGUAAUAAUUUCACUGAAGAAGAUGUAAAAAUUCGUUAUAGUACAAAAGAUGGAAAGUUAAAAUUUGUUAAAGAAAAUACUGAACAAAAUUUACCAUGUAUUAUACCCAUGGAAGACAAUGGAAGUUCAGGUGAAUCAAGUCAAAAUUUAGUGGUAGGUGAUCUGUUAGUGGCUAUUGAAAAUCACUCUGUACUGAGUUGUAAACCUAGUGAAAUUGAAGAAUUACUUCGAUCAGCAGCGAAGAAUAAUAAUGGUUUUGUCACGUUGACUGUUCGUAGAAUACAUUCAUUAGAUAAGGCUGAAUGCAUGAAAAUAUCAGAGAUACCGACAAAAGAUUCAAUUAGUUCAAACAUAAUCAAUGUGAAGUUAUUAAAAGAGAAAGAUGAAGGUUUUGGUUUUGUGAUUGUCAGCUCUUUGAAUAAAGAAAAAGCAAGUGAAAUAGGUCGUAUAAUUCCAGGUAGUCCAGCUGAUAAAUGUGGACAAUUAGAAGUUGGACAACGUAUACUGGCUAUAAAUGGUUAUUGUUUAUUAGGAAUUAAUCAUAUGGAUAUUGUAAAUCUUAUACGUCAAAGUCAACAACAAUUAAUUUUGACAAUUGAAAAACCUGGUUCUUUGUCUAAUGACCAACAUAAAAGCCGUACUAACAGUUUAGAUGCAGAUGAAAACCUUAUCCCACCAUCUACUUCUACAAUGAUUUGUUCCAAUCCAACUGUAUGUUUUCGUCCUACAAAUGAUUUAAAAACUACAGAACUGCUGGACGAAAACUGUGUUGUGAAGCCAAGCUUGAAUAACAUUUCGACUAGAAGCCUAUAUUCACUUACAUUACAACGUGGUCCGAAUGGUUUUGGCUUCUCCGUCCGCAGUGGAUUCGACUCGAAUACAUCUCCGUUAAUUGUAUAUCGAAUAGCGGAUAAUGGACCGGCUUUUCAAGAGGGACAAAUGAAAGUCGGAGAUGAAAUUCUAGAGAUUAAUGGGAUUAGUACAUUUACAAUGACACAUCAACAAGCUGUCACAUUGAUUAGAUCAAGUGGAUCAACUCUAAGAAUUCUAUUGCAACGUUUCAAUGAAAAUCAAUAUGAAUAUUCAUUUUAA